GGAGGUGGGCGUUUAACGAAUUAGAGUCGAUGCGUUUAUGAUGUAUUCUGCUAGAAGCAAGGUGCUGUGGCUGAGUGCCUGUUACUCCAUCGCUAGAGGUAGCAGGGCUCUCUCCGUAUGCCAGCCAAGAGGAGCUAGGACGUUCGAAAAAGCCCCGAAAAUACGGCGAGCAGAGUGCGCUCCAAUUAGAACAAGAUCCCUGUGCACGUCUACAGAUGAGGGAGAGGUAAAACGUGGAGUGGUCAUUGGUUGCUAUGAGACUAGCGAUGGUUAUCAACUAAGUGGGUGUGGUCAGGGAGUGGAUGGAGAAUGUUCCGGACAACUUACCCAACUCCUUGCCAGGUUUAUUUACUGUAGAGUAGCACACAUGCUUUCACUAGAACCCCUCUCUAAGGACACCCCUGAAAUGAGGACGCCUCUCUAAUAGCGCCACCUUUUCUUUCCCAAAGAGUGAUUUUCUUCUAACCCCUGAAAUAAGGAAACCACUAAAUGUGGAUGCUUUCUGCUGUUCAAUUGGUGUCCAAAUAAGGGAGUGGUUCUCCUGUACGGAAUUGUAUGUGAUGUAAUAUUGUAACUCAGUUCAGGUGGUAAGGUAAAGAAAGGGGACUGUCGACUAUUCUAUGAUGUCACCAAGGACCACGCCCACGUUGCCGUGGUAGGCGUGGGGUCAUGUGACCCGGAGAUCGGCUGUGAAGAUAUCGAUGUUAAGAGACAAAACAUCCGCAGUGCCGCUGCUGUUGGCGUGAAAACCCUGCAGAAGGCUGGAGUGACUGAUAUAUCAAUUGAUGGCCUGGGAAAUCCUGAAGCAUGUGCAGAAGGAAGUGUACUGGGCACUUUUGUCUUUGACAAACUGAAAGACAGUGAGAAAAGAAAGGAACCGCCAGCAAUCACAUUGAUCAAUUCCACGUCAGAGUCGGAGGUGGAAUGGAACCGGGGCUGUGUCCUGGCAUCGGCACAGAACUUUGCGCGAGAGUUGAAAGAGAUGCCGUCCAACCUCCUGACUCCCUCUCUCUUCGUUGAUGCAGUGGGGGAGAGAAUGGCUGGCAGAGAGAGCCUGGAGUUCAUCCCUCGUCCCAAGUCUUGGAUAGAGGAGAAGAAGAUGGGGGCGUUUCUGGGCGUGGCCCAAGGUGCCGCCACGUCACCAUGGUUACUGGAGAUGAGAUACAAUUACAAGCCUGAGGACACGCCCAUUGUCCUCGUCGGAAAAGGUGUGACCUUUGACACUGGAGGUAUAUCGAUAAAGCCGUCAGCGGGGAUGGGGUUAAUGCGAGGUGAUAUGGGUGGGGCGGCUGCAGUCGCUGCCUCAGUAUAUGCAGUGGCACAACUUCAGCUGCCCAUCAGUUUGGUGGCUCUUAUUCCCCUGUGCGAGAACAUGCCGUCUGGUACGGCCUUCAAACCUGGAGACGUAGUCACUGCAAUGAAUGGAAAGACCAUCGAGGUUGAUAACACGGAUGCAGAAGGUCGUCUCCUGCUGGCGGAUGCCCUGACCUACGCCCACUCCUUCUCUCCCUCCACCAUCAUCGACCUGGCCACUCUGACUGGAGCCGUUGACGUGGCUCUGGGCUCUGGUGCUGCCGCCGUCUUCACUACUGACGAUGACCUGUGGUCUGAGAUUCACCAGGCAGGUCAGGUGACAGGGGACAGGGUGUGGAGGAUGCCUCUCUACCAGCAGUACACCAAACAGAUUGAGGCCAGAACUGCUGACAUCAGCAACGUGGGGGCCAGAGGAAGGGAUGCCGGAGCCUUGCACAGCCGCAGCAUUCCUCAAGGAGUUCGUUGAGGUGAAGCGAUGGGCUCAUCUAGAUAUAGCUGGAGUGAUGCACAGCAUGGAGAGUGGCCUUUUCUUGACAAGGGACUGUCAGGUACAGC